AAAAUUCCAACCCCAGAGCCAAAAUUCCAUCUUUUUUUUGGGGAUACAAGGUGGGAUCCCCCUCCCUCCUCCCCCAGAUUCCUCAUCCAGGGGAAAACGAAGGAAUUUUGGUGGAAUUUUGGCGGAAUUUUAUCCCGAAUUCCCGGGAUCAUCCCAGCUCCCGGCUCGUUGUAUCCCAAAAAAACCCCAAAAACCCGGGAUUUGGGUUUGGAUCGUCGGGAACGCCAACCCCGAAUUCCAACCGCAAUUCCUUCUUUUUUUUGGGAUGGGACGAGGGGAAAGCGGCGCUCCAGGGGUGCCGGGAUGAUCCUUGGAAUUCGGGAUCCCGGGAAAAGCGGAGCCAUGGGAUGAGGAUUUGGGGAGGGGGAGGGGAAGCCGCUUCCUAUUCCUCCCAAAAAAAGAAGGAAUUUUGGAUCCGACCUCGCUCCCGGGGUUGGAAUUUUGGGUUCUCCGUCAUUCCCGAGGAUCCGACCCCCUCGGGAUACGCAAAUCCCGGCUUUUUUUUUUUGAUAGAACGCAAUUCCUUAUUAUUUUUUAAUUUUUUUGGGAAAGCGGCGCUGCGGGGGGUGCCGGGAUUAUCCCUGGAAUUCGGGAUCCCAGGAGGGGGGAAAAAAGCGGAGCCUUGGAUCGCUCCUUAUCCACCGGGAACCCAAACAAUUCCCUCAGCCGGCUCCGGCCGGGAUAAACAAUUCCCAAAAAAACCCCAAAACAAUAAAAUCCCUCCGGGAAUGCUCAUCCCGAUCCCUCGGAAAUGACGGGAGCGCGCUCGGGGGGCGCCCUUGGAAUUCCAGAGGGGGAUGAAGAGGCGGGAGGGGCUCAUUCCAAGCGGGUUAUAAAUGCGGGAAGAACCUCCGGGCUGGGAAUUCCAGGUUUUUUUUUUCCAGGAUGCGCUCCCAAAUCCGCCUCCUCCUGGCGCUGCUCUGCGCGGCCCCGGCGGCUCCGGCUCCUCCUCCUUGGGAAGCGGCGCGGAGAGACCCAAAUCCAUGGAUUUGGGAGGACGAUUCCCAGUCCCCGGCGCUUUCCCAGCAGCAUUCCCAGAUUCCCGUGGAAGUGCAGUGCCAGGAAGCGCAGCUGGUGGUGAUCGUGCACCGGGAUUUAUUCGGGAACGGCCGCUUGGUCAGCGCCGCCGAGCUCAGCCUGGGUCCCGCCGCCUGCAAAUAUUCCCGCUUGGAUCCAUCCCAAAAAACCGUCACCUUCAGCGCCGGCCUCCACGAGUGCGGCAGCACCGUCCAGGUCACUCCGGAUUCCCUGAUUUACCGGACGCUCCUGAGCUACGAUCCCAGCCCCGGCAGCAACCCGGCCAUCGUGCGCAGCAGCCCGGCCGUCAUUCCCAUCGAGUGCCACUACCCCAGGCGGGAUAACGUCUCCAGCGGUUCCAUCCGUCCCACCUGGGCUCCCUUCAACUCGGCGCUGGCAGCCGAGGAGCGGCUCCAGUUCUCCCUGCGCCUCAUGAACGAGGACUGGAGCUCGGAUCGGGAAUUCUCUCCGUUCCGCCUGGGGGAGGUGCUGCGCAUCCAGGCCGAGGUCGGCUCCGGGGGUCACGUCCCUCUCCGGCUCUUCGUGGAUUCCUGCGUGGCCUCGCUGGGCCCCGGUGCCGGCAGCGAGCCCCGCUACGCCCUGAUCGACUUCCACGGGUGAGCUGGGAA